AUGCAUCAAAAGAAAUCGGAAAUUCAGAUCGGAAAAGAAAGCACCGGAAUUUCUUCCGAUUUCAACCCUAAACUUUACAAUUCAAUUCAUCACAAACAACUACAACAACAACACAAUUCUUCACCAAUUUAUCAUCAUCACAAUCACAGACACAACAAAAUCAAACCCUCUAAAUCCCUAUCUUUUUUCAAUUUCCCCCAAUUGUAUUCCCUCUCCCUCGCCGCACUCCGUCGUCUCCGCCACCGUCUCCGAUUCGUUCUCCUCCUCUCCUUUCCGUUUUUCUACUUUCUACUCUCCCGUCCUACUCACUCCUUCUUCUUUAACUUCCUCUCCGCCUUCGCUUUCUCCGCCGCGCUUUUCUUCUCUCUGUCUCUCAAAUUUAAAUCCUCGCCGUCGCUUCCCAUAGUUCUGACUGUGCAGCGCUGGCGGCUGUGGCGGCGGAGGCGGAAGGAGAAGAAAGAGGAGAGGAACAAGUCAACCAGCACGGUGGUUGUAUUAGAGGUUAGGGUUUAUUCAAACGGUGACGUUUAUGAAGGUGAGAUGAAAGGAGGGAAGUGUUGUGGGAGUGGGGUUUAUUACUAUAAUAUGAGUGGGAGAUAUGAAGGGGAUUGGGUUGAUGGGAAAUAUGAUGGCUUUGGUGUUGAGACUUGGUCUAAGGGAAGUAGAUAUAAGGGUCAGUAUAGAGAUGGAUUGAGACAUGGGUUUGGGGUUUAUAGAUUCUAUACUGGGGAUGUUUAUGCUGGUCAAUGGUUGAAUGGACAGAGUCAUGGUUCUGGUGUUCAUACUUGUGAUGAUGGGAGUAGAUUUGUUGGAGAGUUCAAGUGGGGUGUUAAGCAUGGUCUUGGCCACUAUCAUUUUAGAAAUGGAGAUACAUAUGCUGGUGAAUAUUUUGCGGACAAGAUGCAUGGUUUUGGAGUAUAUUGUUUUGCAAAUGGUCAUCGUUAUGAAGGAACCUGGCAUGAAGGGAAAAGGCACGGUCUUGGAAUGUAUACAUUUAGAAAUGGAGAAACCCAAUCUGGUCACUGGAAAAAUGGAGUUCUUGACAUUCCAAGUACACAGAACGCCACAUAUCCAGUUUCGCCAGUGGGUGUCAAUCAUUCCAGAGUACUUAAUACGGUGCAGGAAGCUAGAAGAGCAGUUGAAAAAGCCUAUGAUGUAGCCAAGGUAGAUGAAAGAGUGAAUAGAGCAGUAUCAGCAGCUAAUAGAGCAGCCAAUACAGCUAGAGUGGCUGCUAUGAAGGCUGAAAAAAAUGAAAUGCAUCAUGUUAACAGCGAGAGCAUCUCAAUUCCCAUUUUGUGA